ACCGGUGCUAUAGCGUGUACUCGUUUGGAGACAGCACCCGAUUUUCCAGAAGAAUGGCUCACUCAGAGGAGCAAGGGGUUGUCCCCUGUGCCUUCAUCCGCCAGAAUUCUGGCAACUCCAUUUCCCUGGACUUUGAGCCCAACACAGAGUACCAGUUUGUGGAGCAGUUGGAAGAACGCUACAAAUGCGCCUUCUGCCACUCGGUGCUUCACAACCCUCACCAGACCGGCUGCGGGCACCGCUUCUGCCAGGACUGCAUCCUGUCUCUGAGGGAGUUGAAUGCAGUGCCCAUCUGCCCGGUGGACAAGGAGGUCAUCAAGCCUCAGGAGGUAUUCAAAGACAACUGCUGCAAAAGGGAAGUGCUCAAUUUACACGUCUACUGCAGAAACGCCCCUGGAUGUGCUGCCAGGGUUACUCUGGGGCGGUUCCAGGACCAUCUCCAGCACUGUUCCUUCCAAGCUGUGCCCUGCCCCAAUGAGAGCUGCCGGGAAGCCAUGCUCCGCAAAGAUGUAAAGGAGCACCUGAGCGUGCACUGCCGGUUCCGGGAGGAGAAGUGCCUUUACUGUAAAAGGGACAUAGUGGUGACCGACCUGCAGGACCAUGAGGAGAACGUGUGCCCUGCGUACCCGAUGUCUUGUCCCAACAAGUGUGUACAGACCAUUCCGAGAGCAGAGGUGCAUCAACACCUUACUGUGUGCCCUGAGGCUGAACAAGACUGUCCCUUCAGGCACUAUGGCUGUACUGUCAAGGGUAAGCGGGGGACCUUGCAGGAGCAUGAGCGGGCGGCCCUGCAGGAGCACAUGCUGCUGGUUUUAGAGAACAAUUUCCAGCUAGAACAGCAGAUCUCUGCCUUAUAUCAGAGUCUCGAGCAGAAAGAAAGCAAGAUCCAGCAGCUGACGGAAACCGUGAAGAAAUUCGAGAAGGAGCUUAGGCAGUUCACACAGAUGUUUGGCAGAAACGGAAGUUUCCUCUCAAACGUCCAGGCUCUCAGCAGUCACACUGACAAGUCGGCUUGGCUGGAAGGGCAGGUGCGGCAGCUGCUGCAAAGAGUUAACCAGCAGCAAAGCAGGCUUGAUCUGCGGGCCUUGGUGGACUCCAUUGACAGCGUGAGGCAGAGGAUUACCCUGCUGGAAGCCAGCGACCAGAGACUGGUUGUCUUGGAGGGGGAGACCAACAAGCACGACGCACACAUUAACAUGCACAAAGCACAGCUGAACAAGAAUGAAGAGCGGUUCAAACAGCUGGAGGGUGCCUGCUACAGCGGCAAGCUCAUCUGGAAGGUGACAGACUACAGGGCGAAGAAGAGGGAGGCAGUGGAGGGCCACAUAGUGUCCGUCUUCAGCCAGCCUUUCUACACCAGCCGCUGUGGCUACCGCCUCUGUGCCAGAGCCUACCUGAACGGGGACGGGUCCGGGAAGGGGACGCACCUGUCCCUGUACUUUGUGGUCAUGAGGGGUGAGUUUGACUCGCUGUUACAGUGGCCAUUCAGGCAGAGGGUGACCCUAAUGCUUCUGGACCAGAGCGGCAAGAAGAACCACAUCGUGGAGACCUUCAAAGCUGACCCCAAUAGCAGCAGCUUCAAAAGACCGGACGGGGAGAUGAACAUCGCCUCCGGCUGUCCCCGCUUCGUGUCGCACUCUACCCUGGAGAAUGCCAAGAACACCUACAUUAGAGACGACACGCUGUUCCUGAAAGUGGCCGUGGACCUCACCGACCUGGAGGAUUUGUAGAUGUUGACUGA